AUGACCUACAGCUCUUCCUAUAGUGCAAUAGAGCAGACGAACUCUCCCUGUUCGAUCUCACCUCUGGUGCCUCUCCUGCCGCGCCUGCUGAUGCUGACAGCACUUCAGUACAAGAGUGCUAGGACCUUGUACGACACUGUUGUUGCACGCUACUCUUCCCCUGCCACUGCUGCCCUUAGCCGCCUCAUGCUGCCGUACCUGUUCCCUGACCUUGCUGCCUUUCCCACAGUCGCUGACCUCAUUACGCACCUUUGCACUAGUGACUCCCGCUACCGCGCUGCGCUUCGUGCUGAGUUCUGUGCCAAGAACCCUCCCCCCAUGUACAUCACCCUCUACUACAUAGUCACCCGGCUCCCUGACUCCCUUCGCUUAGUCAGUGACCACUUCCUCUCAGUUUGCCCCACCACUCUCACCGUUGACCUCCUCGAGGAGCGCCUCCUGGAAGUAGAGAAGAGCAUAGUCGCGGUAGGAGCCUCUCGUCGUGACCCUCGUACCCCCGUCUUUGAGGGGUGUUCCCCCUCCCCCCUCUUGCCCUCUGUUGCUUGUGCUGCUGCGACCGACCUCGUUGGUUUCGAGUCGGUCGGAGCUGCGUCUGCCCCUAGUGGGAGACGCCGCACCAGCAAGGGCAAGGGGGGCAAGGGCGCUGGAGGGGCUGGCGGGGGCGGUGGAGGUGGCGGUGGAGGCAGUGGAGGGGGUGGGGGUGGUGGUGGGAGUGGUGGCGGGGGUGGAGGUGACGGUGGCACCAGUGGAGGCGGUGGAGGCGGCGGCGGUGGUGGUGGGAGCGGAGGCGGCGGAGGUGGCGGCGGCGGCGGCGGCGGCAGCGGUGGAGCUGGUCGCAGCUCUGCGCAGAGGAGUGGCUCUGGUGGUGGUCCGCGCGAGCUGCAACAGCGCACUCGUGAGACCCCGUCCCCCCAGCAGCUUCGUGAGUGGGCGGGGGUUGCUAUCUUUGAUCUUGACUUUGAUGCUAUUCUUGCUGCCAUGUAUGCUGUGUCUACUAGAGAUGAGGGUGACUGUUACUUGUGCGUUCCGCCUGACCCGGGCAUUGAGGUUGCUGCUCUAGGUGCUGGUGAGGCUGCUGCUCUAGGUGCUAGUGCGUCUGCUGCCCCAGGUGCUGGUGAGUCUGCUCUCUCAGGUAUCACGUCGGCUCAGGCGUUACACACCUUCACCCUUGAUUCGGGUGCUUCCCGCUCCCUCUUUCGAGACCGCACCAUGCUUACGCCGCUUAGUCGGCCGGUUGCGAUCUCCUUGGCGGACCCCUCUUGA